AUGAAGAUUGUUCCUUUCUUCAAAUCUUUGUCAAGGUCGGUUCAUGAAGAACAAAAUGAUCAUGUACACCCGAAUCAAAAGACAGGUAGCAGUGGCCCUAGUGGGGCUUGCACAUCGAUAUCGUUAACGUGGAGAAAAUCUCUUGUAAUUAGCUGUAAAGGAUUCACAGUGAUCGAUUCCAAUGGAGAUCUGGUUUAUCGGGUCGACAACUACGUCGGACAUCCUGAAGAAGUAAUUCUCAUGGAUGGCUCUGGGAAAUCCGUCCUCACUAUGCGUCGUAACAAGAAGUUUAGCCUGGUACAGAGCUGGUUUUUGUACGAAGGUGAAGUGGGAGAUUUAUGCACAGCAAGAACAAGUAGAUCAGCAUCAAAGAGUUGGCCAGUGUUUUGCGUGAUAAAGAAAAAAAACAUAUUGAAUGCUAAAUAUCCCAGUAUACUUGCCCAUGUAUAUCGUGAAGUAUGCGGUAGUCAUAGAAGAUACGCCUAUGUGAUUGAAGGUUCUUACACGCAUCGAUCAUGCAAGGUAGUGGAGGAGUUCUCGAGGAAUGUGGUGGCUGAGAUCAAGAGGAAAGAAGAAAAUGUUGGAGGAGUUUCUUAUGGGGUGGAGGUUUUUCAUUUGGUUGUGCAUCCUGGAUUUGAUCCGGGAUUUGCUAUGGCGCUUGUUCUAAUAUUAUAG